AUGACCGGCAGCAGAUAUUGCAGUUCCCUCGCAGGAUCCAAAGAAGAGGACAAGAAGCUAGAUACCAAAUCGGAAAAAUAUGCACAGCUCAAAUUCGAGCUGGAGAUGCUCAUGGAACGGUUCAAGGAAUCAAACACGGAUCUCUACCGUCCUGCUCUUGAAACGCUCCGGACACUGAUGAGAAAAUGCACAUCGUCCAUGACUUCCAUUCCAAAGCCACUCAAGUUUCUACACCCACAUUAUCCCGACCUGCAGGAGCUGUUCCACACAUGGCCCGCAUUCGAAAACAAGGUGCGAUGGAAAGCCUCGGCAAUCAUGGGGCUCGGUGUAGCAUACGCAGGCUUGCACCGCGAGGACUCGCUCACUCUCCUCUCUGCGGUCGUAGACGAUAGCGUGUCGAUGGAGAUCGCUGCACUCAGCGCGCUCGCACUGGGAUUCGUGUCAGAUGGGCAAGGGCACGAUUGGGGUCAAUCCUUUCUUCUCGGACAGGAACAUCAUGAGUCGACCGGCUGUUGCGGGUUUACUGGCGACGAUCAUGGCGUUUACGGAUGCUAA